AUGCAUCGUCUUUCCAGCUUCCUGCUCCUAGUCUCCGGAUAUUUCGCUCUCGCCUUCGCCGGACUGUUGCAACGCUCAUGCAUCAACAAAGACUGCAGUGCGCUACGAGUCUCCUUCGACAAUCCUCCCAUCAAUCUCUUUAAUGCACCCUCCAUCUCCGAAAUCAACGCCUUCCUCACCUCGCUCCGUGGUACCAACACGUCCACCAAAGUCGUUGUCUUCUCAAGCUCCGUGCCAGGCUUCUUCGGCUCUCAUCUCGACCUACACCUCCUGGACGGCAGUACAAAUUCCUCUGCGAUUAACAGUACUGCAGUCCUUGACCAGUACUACGACAACAUCGAACUCCUGGUGUCUCUACCAACCAUCUUCAUCGCCGAAGUCAACGGUCGAACCUGGGGUUGCGGCGAUGAGCACCUCCUGCGGAUGGACAUGCGUUUUGCAGGACCAGACGCGCAAUUCAGUGCGCCAGAAGCAUCGCUCGGCGUACUUCACGUCGGCGGCCUGCAGCAGCUCGUGCAGCUUGUCGGUCCUGGACUCGCUGCGGAGUACAUGCUCUCAUCAGCUCAAGUCGAUGCUCAAGAGGCUGCGCGCAUUGGCUGA